CAUGACUACGUUAGCUUGACCUCGAGUAAAGGCUGGCAAAAUUAUGUCGAAAAGUUUGACCUCAGUCAAAUACUUCCCCAAAACUCGCCAGCAUCGGUGAGUACCUCCCAACACGGUGCUGAAACAGCGCCAGAAUUGCUUGUACCGUUACGCUCGGUUGACGACAAGACAAGCGCUAACUACUUCACAGUACCUCCCAACACGGUGCUGAAACAGCGCCAGAAUUGCUUGCACCGUUACGCUCGGUUGACGACAAGACAAGCGCUAACUACUUCACAGUACCUCCCAACACGGUGCUGAAACAGCGCCAAAUUGCUUGCACAUUUACGCUCGGUUGACGACAAGACAAGCGCUAACUAUUCACAGUACCUCCCAACACGGUGCUGAAACAGCGCCAGAAUUGCUUGUACCGUUACGCUCGGUUGACGACAAGACAAGAGCUAACUACUUCACAGUACCUCCCAACACGGUGCUGAAACAGCGCCAGAAUUGCUUGUACCGUUACGCUCGGUUGACGACAAGACAAGCGCUAACUAUUCACAGUACCUCCCAACACGGUGUUCAAACAAGGCGAGCACUGCCAGGCCAACUUCUUGCCAGCAAAUGUUGGCGCAUUUUGCACGAGGCUUUUCGUGACAUGCAAGACAAAGAGUAACGAAAACUUCAAGGGACACGGCAAACGUGACAAAUGCUAAAGUUUCCUUUUUCUUGUGCUACUGAAUAAUACAUUGAUUUAUUUUACCUCGGACGAAUCUGUGCUUUAAAAAAGAUACAUUUCAUUGAUACAUUUCUCAAGCGCGCGUCAGGGCGCGCAAUCGAUAUCUGCAACGAAAUACUCUGGGAUCUUCCCCUUACUUCUUUUUUGUGCCAGUUUAAACUUGAAACAUAUGUUGCUUUCCCAAGUCAUCCCACACUACGGUACUUAAAACAGAAACAGUGAACGAUGGCUAAUUCUCCUAUUUCUUUUAUUUGCUACGAUUUUUAGAAGUACCCUUUGCAAACGUGUCCGAACUUACAGAUCCACCUCCGUUACUUUCAUGAUUUGACUAGCCAGCAACAAUUUACAGGUUCACACAGCACGGAAGAAAACAAAUAGUCAAGUUAUUACAUGCGGCAGGUGUACGUCGGCAUUGUAAAAUCUAUAAUUAGCUACGGCAAUGCUUUGACUAGCUACUAGUUCAUACGUCUGCGGGAAAACAAAUAGUCAAGUCGUUAUUGGUUAUCAAAAAAAUGAAACCGAGAAGUGAUUUUCGGUGUCUUUUAAACUCCACAUAUUAACACGUACAAGGCAGUGCAAGACCCAUGAUUAGCUAUGGAGAAGCUUAUAGUUCACACAGUCCGCGAGGAAACAAAUGAUCACAUUUGAUUAUAAGGAAACCGGCAAGUUUGAUUAAUUUCUGUGUUUUCUACACCCCGCACAUACUCGUACACAUACUCAUAUAAAGGCACUGGUAUAUCUAUAUCUAAAUCAUAUCUUAUUGGCUUGUACAAGAAGCUGUUUUAUUUCAUCAUAAAUGGCGGUAACCGACCGUAUUCAAAGCUCAGCCGAAAAUGUGACGCCUUUUCUUCCCUAAACGCUUGUUUCUAGAAGAAUGAAUGAUAAACAAAAAAGCUGAUAGAAAAUACUGAGACUAGUAAAACAUUUUUUAAUCGUUUACUAGGUCUAUAAUCUCAAUUAAAACAAUACAUUAUAGCGCCAAGGCUGGCUUUCAAUGUCGGCAUGGCAGUAUUGCUAAGGUGUGCUAUACCGCGAAAUCCUAUUACAAUCCUAUCACAUCAACUGCGUUGGCACAAACAUUAAGUGAACUUCUAUCAGACUAACAUGAAACGUGAGCAAAUGAUAGGCUGUGUGUAUAUUCGAUGCGUCUCUAAAUAGCGGUGAGCGAGGAAAGAGAUGACGCGGAAAACACAACAGGACGAUGGUAAAAGAAUGGCAAAUAAAAAAAAGUGAUAACCUCUAAUGAAAGCAACUGCCACGAUGUGGUGAGCGAGUACCACGUGAUCAGUUAACAGAACAAUUUCAAGGACAAAGAGUACCCCGUGAUCAGUUAACAGAACAAUUUCAAAGACAAAGAGUACCACGUGAUCAGUUAACAGAACAAUUUCAAGGACAAAGGGUACCACGUGAUCAAUUAACAAAACAAUUUCAAAGACAAAGAGUACCACGUGAUCAGUUAACAGAACAAUUUCAAAGACAAAGAGUACCACGUGAUCAAUUAACAGAACAAUUUCAAUGACAAAGAGUACCACGUGAUCAAUUAACAGAACAAUUUCAAAGACAAAGAGUAGCACGUGAUCAGUUAACAGAACAAUUUCAAGGACAAAGAGUACCACAUGAUCAGCAAACUAGGAACGAAAAGGGCUUCCCGGUGAUCAGCUAUUGUAUUAUUAGGAGAGGGUGAAGGUUUUGUCAAGAGAUGGGAGAUCAGCCAUCAGCGUCGAGUCUCAUGAUGCAACAGUACGCCAUAAACACAACCAUUUCAAGCGGUGCGACCGGGCGACAACAUGGAGCCUCGGGCAAAGACCACGUGUUCAUCUUUCUAAUGUUCGCCAUACUUCUCGCCUUUGUCACUAUCUUCAGCAAUACGCUUGUCGUCUUCGCGUACAAAGUCAAUCGGCGCAUGCGCAAUAGGACUAUCGCAAUCCUGGUCAGCCUUGCAGUGUCUGACCUGAUCGUAGGCGCGGUUGCUAUGCCCCUCUGGAUGCUGAUGACGGCGUCCCCGGCAAGCAUGCCCAUGAGCCUUUUCAAGCUGUACAUGAGCGUUGACAUCUUUAGCGCCUUCGCGUCCAUACUUCACUUGGCGGGCGUGUCUGUCGAGCGUUAUCUGGCGAUUGCAAGCCCCCUGCGCCACAGAGCGUUCAGUACCAAGUUCUAUCGUGUAAUGCUGGCGGGUAUUUGGUUUGUGGCGGCUGCCGUUGCGGCCGUCUUCCCGAUACAGUUGAGCUACAAAUGGGACAAAGAGUAUACCGUGUUCGUUUUCGUUAAUGGCUUCGUGAUUCCACUACUCGUUAUCUCCGCAGUUUACAUUUCCAUGUUCAAGAUCGCAAACUCGAGUAUAUUUCCGGGCGCGAAUCAAAACGCGUCGAGGAGAUUUCAAGCGGAGAAAAAACUUGCUCGUACUGGUAUGACUUUGACUUUGCUAUUCUUUUUCACAUGGUGUCCGUUCUUUGUUGUUUCGCUGAUCGGAAGAUUCAAACUCUUGUUGCUCAACUUGUCACCGAGUUUUGUAUGGUACAUUACGGCGUUUGUGAAAUUCCUUCAUUACAGCAACAGUGCGCUCAACACGUUCGUGUACGCGUUCAGCAGCCGAGAGAUGAGGAGGACGUUCAUAUGGCUCGUGUGUUGUCAGAGUAACUUAGCGUUUAUACUCAUGCGGGAUGAUAAACCGCGAGUUGCAACUCGACAAAGAAAAGUCGAGGAUCACUCGAUCGAUUCGGUAUGAAUAAGCCGGUCAACGAUAGACGUAACUAGACAGAAAAAAAUCGAAGAUCAAUCUUACUCGGUUACAUUCAUAACUCGACACUCAUUUUAGUUGGUUAACCAGUAAACAGACAAAAACUCGAUACUUAUAACUCUACAAAGAAACUCGAGGGUCACUCGGUCGACUCGUUAAAAUAAACCGGUAAACAGAUAAAGUUCCCCAAUAUAUAUAAUUCGGAUAGAAUACCGAUAAUUUGGAUAGAAUACCGUUAAUUACUAGAUCGACUAGGUAUGAAAUAAACGGGAAAACGCAUCAUGUUUUCCCGCCCGUCCGCAGUAGAGCCGAGUUCACAACUCGGCGGUAGAGCAGUGAUCAAUAGAUAAUCGGAUAAUUGGGGGAAUGAAGUGAUAGGGAAUGCUCGUCGGGGAAUUCGAAAAA